AUGGACCGCGAAUCAACAGCCAGACUCACCGCAGAGUGCCUCUGCAGAAAACACACAUUCAGCGCAGAAAUACCCAAGUCGAGACUUCCUCUAGAGGGCAGCGUCUGCCACUGCCAUUCGUGUCGCCAUUCCACGGGCGCGCUGUAUGUGCUUUUCUCGACGUGGCCGCGGCCACGUGCCGACGUCGACACCAGCGGCCUCAAGAAAUACCAGUUUUCCGCAAACAUUUCCAACCUCUUCUGCGGGACGUGCUCGACGCCCAUGUUCUCCGAGCUGGCCUGGGACCCGGGCAGUCUCGGCGUCUACAGCGGCCCGUUGAAGAACAUGGACGUCGCCCCGAUCAGACUCACCAACCACAUAUACGUCGAGGAUACCGUCGACGGCGGGGCGUCGGUAUGGCUGAGGAGGCCGAAUCCCGACGGGCAGGAGAUCCCUCGCUACUUGACGCGCUCUGGACAGAUCCCCUGGAGCUGGCCGGGGGCAUCAACCUCGGCAGAAGAACCCAGGGGCGGGCCGGUGCAGCAGUCUGUAGGUAUUUCCUGCCACUGCAAGGGCGUCAACUUGGUUCUUCGUCGGGGGGACUAUGCCGGCGGGAAGAGGGGGGAGUUGCCAUGGUUCAUCGACCCGAGGAACUACAAGAGACUUGCUAGUUUUGACGCCUGCGACUCGUGUCGGCUUCACUUUGGAAACGACCUUGUCCACUGGACAUUUACCGACUUGGCUGACAUAGCCCGGGCGGAUGGGGGUGCGUUCCCCCGGACAAUGACGGAGCUCAGGACGGCCGUGGAUGCGGGCGACGCGGCGGUUGGAACGCUGGCGUGCUACCAGUCGUCGCCGGACGCGCAGCGGUAUUUCUGCAGGGUUUGCGCUGCGGCCGUUUUCUACGCCUGUGAGGAUAGGCCUGAGAUUGUGGACGUGGCGGUUGGCCUUCUUGAGGCACCGGACGGGGCUAGGGCCGAGAGAUUCCUGUCUUGGACGUUGGGGGAGACGCCGGUUUGGGUGGACGAUACGAAGGGCGGUUGGCGAGAAGGGUUGAUGGGGAGGGUGCAGAGUGACGCUGAGGAGUUUAGGCUUGGGAGGGGUUAUGAGAAGAGUUGGAGAAGGAUUGCGAAGGAGGGCGAAUCGGGAUUGUUAUCCUGA